UCCGGCAUUUCGAAUCUCGAAUUUUCUUGUGGCUUCUGUUUACUUGAGUUCGAAAACAGUUCGACUUUCUAAGAAAUUUAUUUAAGGAAGUUUCCCCCAUCGGCAAUUAUUAACUAAAUUUUGCAUCAUGGCUGACGAUGAGAUGCUGAAAGCGAAGCUGGCCAAGCCAGGAGAUGACACGAUAUUUGGUAAAAUCGUUCGUGGGGAAAUACCGACCACUUUCUUAUAUGAAGAUGAUAAAUGUGUUGCUUUCAAUGAUGUGAAUCCUCAAGCACCGAUGCAUAUUCUUGUGGUUCCUCGUAAACCCAUCAUUCAACUGAGUGUGGCUGAAGAUGGAGAUGCUGAAUUAAUCGGUCAUUUGCUGCUUGUGGCCAAAAAAGUUGCAAAAGAAAAAGGCCUGUGUAAUGGUUUUCGAAUUGUUAUUAACGACGGUCCGGAAGGUGGGCAGUCAGUCUAUCAUCUACAUGUUCAUGUUUUGGGUGGACGAUCUCUUCGUUGGCCACCUGGCUAAUCAAAACGAUUUGUUUACAUAAAUGACGACAGCAUGCUCAGUUAUUCUGCUUUGUGAAUUCUGAUGGAAGUCAAUUACUCAAUAAAAAUCCCAUUUUGUACUUA